GGAUUUUCUUUCCCGUACUAACACAGACUGAAAGUACACUGCAUGGUCCAUGAUGUUUGAAUUCGGCGACGAAGAGCCUUAUUACACCUUGUACGAUUACCCUGUUUACAACGAUGAUGACGAUUCAAUGGAUAAUUAUGUGGAUGAAUAUGAAACGUCACAUGGCCACCUUCACCAGCAAAUAACAGCUGAACUAGAGAAGAAAGAAAGGGAAAAUUUUCAGAACGCUCAGCAAAACCUGCUCAGCCAUGUGCGCGUCAGCGUAGAUGAAGUCAGCAGAGUAACAGGGACCCUGUAUGAUGAGCAACGCUACAGUGACGUCACCCUGGCUGUUGGAGAUCGAAGGUUCCACGCCCAUCGCCUGGUGCUCAGUGCAUGGAGCGAUGUCUUCAAGACGAUGCUUUGUAACUUAUCUUGCCGGACAACCAACCUUAAGUGUCAGGAUCUCGUCGAGGAAGAAUGUUGUGAAGAGUUUUUCGGCGACUUCCUCAAGUUUCUAUAUACUGCCUCUGUAGACCUGACCAAAGAAAACGUCCUGCCUUUGGCCCUGCUAGCUGACAAGUACUUGGUUAAAGAGCUAAGGGAGCUCUGUGACGAAUUCAUCCGCGACAAACAGAAUGAUGCUCAGGAAGUCGUCACCUUCAUUCGCUCGGCCUUGAAACUUGGCAUGCAUGAAACAGUCGAGGUGUGUCUCCAAAGUCUGCUAUGCAACUUUAGUUUCCUGAAGCCUGACCAACUUCUAAGUCUAAAAGGUGAGCACCUCAUAUACCUUCUCGACAGUGGACCACGGUUGAUGGUAGAUGAUGAGUUUACUCUCUUCAAGAAGAUUGAGCCCUGGUUGGACCAGUGUCAAAGUGAGGACACGCUUCUUAGUAUCAUCAAGCUCAUUCGUUUCCCCUACAUGAAUGCAUUACAACUGAAGAAAGCCACAGAGACGCCCGCCUUCCGCAGAGCCCAGGAAAUGAUGCCAGACAUACUCCUUAAAUCUUGGCAGCAACAGGCAUUGUACAAAGAAGGAAGUCUCGAUGACCUUCCAGAGGAUUUCCCAUGGCCCAGACUAUACCUGAACCCAAGCGAUGAAGCCAGAUUCCCAGACCAGAAAUGUAUCUCAACCCGCGACCAACCAAUGAAUGAGCCGAUCGCAGUUCACAUUGAUGGCAGUAGCUAUUGUCACACAUGCCUUGCUUGGGAGGGCAAGCGGAUAGGACAAAAACAUUUUUUCAAACAAGCAUCUACCUUCAGGUGCUUAAUCAAGCUUACCCAGAGCCCAGAUUCACCAAAUGAAGUAAACUUCCAAAUAAAUACAUAUUAUGAGGAUUCACGGAAAAUACUUCAUUUGGGAGUACGAGCACUCGUUCAUGGUGCAACAGUGCCUAUCUAUUUCUCAAAGUGCCUCCCUCUGCUGCCAUCAAUAACCCCAUAUAUAGGGAAGGUUACUUCAAGAGAUACCCAAUUCACAUUUCCCAUUGGGAUCUCCGACCCUGAAAUAAUGACACUCCAUGUUACAAUCAUUUUGGAGGACGAAGAUGAGAAAACCACAUAGACCGUGCUUGUGGAUUUUUGUUUUGAUUCCGAAGGGCUUUUCACUUUAACCCUAAAAAGGCCGGGCUAUUUGAGAUCUGAAUACGGCCGGUGGCAUUAUGCCCCUAAUAUCUCGGCCCAGGAAGGUCCAAUUUAUGUGAAAAUUAGC